AUGGCAACGGACGAGCUCACGCCGCUGAUCCCCAAGGCCAAGGCCCUGCCCAGCAAAGGCCAAUGGGGCCGCGAGCGAUGGCUCCUCCGGGUGGCCCUUGACGUCGAGAAGCGCAUUCUGCUCGCCGGCUUCCUCAUCACCCUCGCCUUCAGCUACACGCAGGUCCCACUGGUCUACGUCUUUCGUCUCAUGGAGUGUGACAUCUACUACGAUAGCCACCCGCCCUACGACGGCGUGGGAGAUCGUUGCAGCAGAGACGAGAUCACCGCCGGAUCGGCGAGGCAGUUCAGUCUUCUGGGCAUGAGCACAACCCUGUGCGGAACGCUGAACCUCUUCGUCGCCGGAUGGGUCGUCAAGAGGUACGGGCCCCGGGCUGCCCUCAUGGCCCAGACGUUUGUGCCCGCCAUCCGUGUCGCGGCCCAGAUGCUCGGCGUCGUGGCUGGCAAGCGGACGGGCAUGACCAUGAUCCAAGCCACGCAGCUAAUCACCAUCCUGGGCGGGCCUGCCGGCUACAUUCUCGUCGUCAACAUCAUCGCCGGCGAAGUUGUCGAAGCGUCACGACGGACCGCCGUCUUCGGCAUGCUCCAGGGAUGCAUCAUGCUUGGUCAGGGCAUCGGCUACCUCGCGGGCGGCAUGAUCGGCGACGCCGUCAACAUCAGAGCCCCGUUCGACGUCGCCUUCCUAUCCUUCCUCUUGGCCGGCACCUACGCCUGGCUGGCUCUUCCGUACAUCCCGCCCGAGUCCAUGUCGAGCGCGAAGCGGUCGGACGAGAAAGGAGACGCCGGCUUCCUCGCACCCUUGAGGAUCCUCGUCCCGCAGCGGCUGCGGGCCGCCAACGGCAAGAUGACGAAGCACUACGGCGUCAUCUUCCUCUGCUGCGGCAUUUUCCUCGGCGUGAUGUACGCCACGGCGGCCUUUGGCUUCAACCAAGCCGACAACGGCUGGCUCAUGUCCGAGUUUGCCUUUAUGCGGAGCUUCUUUCUCCUCUUCCUGUUCCCCGCCAUCAUCGCGUGGGGGCGGACGAGGACCCUCUCGGCGUCGGCCUCGUCGUCGGCGCCACCCCGGCCCCGGGUGUCUUCGGAUGCCGACGACGGGCACGCGACCUCGGUCCUGCUGCCGACGGACCCGGCGCAGUUUGACGCGACGGCCGGCGAGCAGGCGGACGAGGAGCCGGUGCCGUUCCCGUGCCCCGACGGCGCAGCCCCCGACGGCUGCCUCUUCGACCUCGUCUUCCUGCGCUGGAGUCUGGUCGUCGACGGCGCCCUCACGACCAUCGCCGCCUUUGCGACGAAACGAUGGCACAUCUAUCUUGCCGCCUUUCUCUUGCCUUUUGGCUCCGGCUCCGCGCCGGCCGCCAAGGGCGUCAUCACGAACAUGUGUCCCGAAUCGCAGCGAGCCGACGCCCUGAACGCCGUGACGCUCGUCGAAAACGUCGCCCGGCUGUCCACGCAGGGCUUGUUCGGAUUCGUCUUUGCCGCCUUGGCCGUCGUUGGAAAGGCACACGCCACCUUCUUCUGCAACGCCGCCAUCGCCGUCGUCGCCGUCGCCGUCCUCUUCUUUUCGCGAUUUCCUCCCGUCGACAGCACCUUGGUGGACAAGGAUGAGGAGGAGCCGAAUGCGGCUGAUCAGGGCGUGACUGCGCCGUUGAACGGAAGGCCUGUUGCCGGCGAGCCAACGGCACGUUAA